GAUGGAGACAAGUUCUGGAGAAUGCCAGAGUGCUACAUUCGUGGCAGCACCAUCAAAUACCUGCGGAUCCCCGAUGAAAUCAUUGACAUGGUGAAAGAAGAGGUGGUGUCCAAGGGCAGAGGCCGUGGUGGGAUGCAACAGCAGAAGCAACAGAAGGGCCGUGGCGUUGGAGGUGCUGGACGAGGUGUGUUUGGUGGCCGUGGCCGAGGCAUCCCAGGCAGUGGAAGAGGCCAGCAGGAGAAGAAGCCAGGCAGACAGGCAGCAAAGCAGUGA